AAAGCCGCCGAAGAGGCACGCCACGCAAUCAUCCUCUUGACUUCUCUCGACCGGUGAAUCUCUCUUCCCUUCUCCUCCGAUCUCUCUCUCUCUCUCCGCCCGAAGACAGGGGACAGCCUUAAUUCCGACCAAAAUGAUCAGUCUGUUUCCGAUUGCAUCUUGAUUUCCUUGUCGCAGGGGCAAUUUCGCAAUUCGUUGUGCGUUGAUUGGUCGGAAGAGGAGGUUUCUGCUCCCGAUCGCGAUCUUUCCUUGAGAUAUUUGGCCUAUAUCCGACUUCCCAGAUCGUGAUCUGUGAGCGUGAGAUUGGUUUGUCAACCGUUGGCAUUUUACCCUUUUGCGCGAAUUUGUCGUGCAAGGACGAGGUGUUGUCGUAAUCUUGGGAAUUAGGGCUUUCUUGGGUUCGCCAUGGAUUCCAGCAGGAGAGCUGUUGAAUCGUACUGGAGGUCUCGGAUGAUCGAUGUGGCGACAUCCGACGAGGACAAGGUGACCCCUGUCUACAAGCUCGAAGAGAUCUGCGACCUCCUGCGAUCUUCUCAUGCCAGCAUCGUUAAGGAAUUCUCCGAGUUCAUCUUGAAACGUCUUGAUCACAAGAGCCCCAUCGUUAAGCAGAAGGCUCUUAGGUUGAUAAAGUAUGCCGUGGGAAAGUCUGGAGCAGAGUUUAGAAGAGAGAUGCAACGGAACUCGGUUGCAGUGCGCAAUUUAUUACACUACAAGGGGCAUCCGGAUCCACUAAAAGGGGAUGCCCUUAAUAAGGCUGUAAGGGAGACAGCUCAGGAAGCUGUCUCUGCUAUAUUCUCGGAGGAGCCCAGUAAACCCGCUGCUGCUCCUGAAGGUGUCAGCAAACGCAUAGAAGGGUUUGGAAAUACUAACUUUGCGAUGCCGUCUGAGGAUAAAAAAUCGUUCCUGAGUGAAGUGGUGGGCCUUGGCAGCGCAUCUAUAAAGCAAGGACUUAGUACCUUUGCUCAAGGUCAUUUGCCUAAGAAGAAUGAGAUGGGAAGCUACCGGGGUCCAAAUCUCCAUAGAUCGUUAACUAUGGAAAAUGAAAGCUCUGGUAGAUAUGAGCCGGUUAAAUUAGGAAACAAUGGCAACUACGGGAUGUCGAGGAACACAGAUGGUGGAACUUGGGGCCAAAUGUCAGGUGGAGCAAGUGAAAAUUCUGCUUCAGAUCAUGUUGUGAGUAGGACUCGUGAAGAGAAGCUGUUGGAAACCAUUGUAACAGCUGGUGGUGUCCGACUGCAGCCCACUCGUGAUGCACUUCAAGUUUUCCUCUCUGAGGCUGCAAAACUGGAUGCGGUAGCUUUAAGCAUUGCUCUUGACGCGAAGCUCCAAUCUCCGAUGUGGCAGAUCCGGAUGAAAGCUGUAUGUGUCCUUGAGGCCAUUUUAAGGAAGAAGGAUGAUGAGAAUUUUUCUAUUGUAGCUACUUAUUUUAGUGAAAACAUGGAUGUCAUACAAAGAUGCUCAGAGUCUCCCCAAGCUUCUCUCCGGGAAAAGGCUACGAGGGUUCUGGGCCUUCUAAAUGGUGGACAGUCAAGUGGCUUGAUGAGUAAUCGAGAAACUUCAGUGAAGCGAGAGACAGCUUCUACUGUUGAGUUACCUGACUUGAUUGACACGGGUGAGUCAGAUUUUUUAACAGAUGAUACUGUGACUAAGCCAAGCGAUGUAGGUGUGGCCAGUACAGCGGCACCGUUGAUGGAUGAUCUGUUUGGGGAUAGCACAGGUAUUGAACUGAAUAGCAGCGAGAAAAGAAACGACGAUGAUCCUUUUGCAGAUGUAUCAUUUCAUUCUGGUGAAGUAAAAGAAAACCCGGAUGACCUGUUCUCUGGAAUGACUCUUGGUGCAAAGCCAACUGCUGAUGGUAAUCGUGCGCAAGACAUCAGGACUGAGCCUGAGCUAUUUGAUAUGUUUGGCUCGAUUUCAAACCUUAAAACGGAACCAGAAAACCCGAAUAACAUAAAUGAUUUGAUGGCAAGUUUUUCCAUCAAUGGGGGCACCUCAAAUCAGAAAGGGUCAUCGUCCAGCACCAUUCCUGAGAACUUGUUUGCAACUUCAAGCACUGUUGUCCACCAUGCACCAGAAAAUCCCACAGGAGGCAUGCCCGGUUCACAAAUUCCUGGGUUUAUGCAAAACCCAAUGGCUCCAGGGGGUGUUAUGCCAUUCAAUUUUCCUCCAGCGAUGAUGUUGAAUCCAGCUUUUGCUUCUCAGCCAUUUAAUUAUGCUGCCAUGGCGAAUUUGUUAGCUCAGCAGCAGUUCCUUGGUAGUAUGUCUAGUUUCCAGCAACUUGGUAACAUGAAUGCUCAAAGUGGUGAGACUGGUCUCCCCACUGGUACUAGUGGAGGAUAUCCCUCGGCAUUUCCUGAUAUAUUCCAGGCGAAUUUCGCUAAUCAGCCUCCAACCUCGGUCAUGAAUGGUUCAAAGAAGGAAGAUACACGAGCAUUCGACUUCAUCUCCGAUCAUAUGGCGGCGGCCCGAGACACAAAGAGAGUAUCUUGAUGGCUCUUCUCGGUUGAUAUUUACCAAUCGAUCUGGUCGUAAUAGAUGAGAUUAUUCGGUGAGAUGAUGGACCUGUUUGUUAAGAUGGUGAUCCCUGUGGGGAGCUUACUGCGGUGAUUUGGAGGUGUGUUUUUCAAUUCCAUAAUGGAUUUGGGAAGGAAGAAAUCCUAGAGGUAAGUAUUAUGCGGUUCUUGUGUUUCUUUGGUCGGAUUUGUUUUUACGUUUCGGAGAGCAGAAACUGCAUAAGCUCCCACGGUAUGUUGCCAUGGACUUGUAGAGUUGCUUCUUCUCUCUCUCUCUCUCUCUCUCUCUCUUGUCUUUGUUAUAUAUAAGUGGAGAAAGGAACUUGUAACUGGGCGAAACAGACUGAAAAAAGAAACAGAAAAAGGGAAGCCCAUUUGGUCAUUUGUUUCAUGAUUGAACUUUUUCAUUCACAAA